AUGGUCCGUUUUUUCAGAUAGCUCUGGUUCGAACAUUCCUGCCAGUUGAUGCUCAUUCUGGGGGUAUGCCCGUCCCAUUGAACCUGCAAGUGAUUCUUUUCUUUCCAAAAUGAAGUAAUUUACCCAAAACAUUCUACCAGUUCGCGCGAGGAACGUGAUAAAAGUGAAGCAGUUCACCAGGAGGCAGGAGAGAGAGAGAGAAAAGAGGCGGACGUAAUGUCCAACGCAGUGGUGAAUGGGCUGGCGGGAGCUGGUGGCGGUAUCAUCGCUCAAAUAAUCACGUAUCCCCUCCAAACGGUGAAUACGCGCCAACAGACAGAGAGAGUUGCCAAGGAAAGUGGGCGCUCGCCUCAUCCUACACCUCCUGCAGCUGGAGGCGGCACACUUGUUCAGAUCCUCCAGGUGGUGAGGACCGAAGGAUGGGGAGGGCUUUACAGCGGCCUGAAGCCUUCUCUGUUUGGAACUGCUGCUUCGCAGGGCAUAUACUACUAUUUCUAUCAGGUUUUCAAAAACAAGGCCGAGGCCAUUGCAGUUGCCCGUAGAAAGAAAGGUCGUGGGGAUGGUACUGUAGGCAUGUUGUCCUGGCUUGUUGUGGCAGCUUUUGCUGGGUCCUUGAACGUAUUGCUGACGAACCCAAUAUGGGUUCUUGUGACACGUAUGCAGACACAUACUCAAGCAGAAAAGAAAAUAAUGGAGGCAAAAAGGGAGGCUCUACUAAUGGAAGCUUCAGAAAGGAAUUUCAUGGGGUCUACCCUGCAAGACAAAUUGGCUCAACUAGAUUCAACGAAACCUCGCGCCUAUAGAACAUUGCACGCGGCUUGUGAAGUUUACAAUGAAGCAGGAAUCGUUGGAUUUUGGAAAGGCAUCAUCCCCACGCUAAUCAUGGUAUGCAAUCCAUCGAUCCAGUUCAUGAUUUAUGAGAGCUCAUUAAAACAUCUGAGGGCUAAACCCGCUUCUAGCAAAAAGGUCACAAGUAAUGUAUCUGCCUUGGAGGUUUUCUUGUUGGGGGCUGUGGCGAAAUUGGGAGCAACUGUCUCAACAUACCCAUUGCUAGUUGUCAAGUCAAGGCUUCAAGCAAAGCAGGAAAUUGGUGGAAACAUUUUAUUAAGAUAUUCAGGCUCUCUUUGCUUGAAAGAAGUGAAGCAAUUGAAGGAGUUGGGAUGCAGGUACUCUUGAUGCAAUUAUGAAGAUGUUCCGUUAUGAAGGGUUGCCCUGUUUUUACAAGGGAAUGAGCACCAAGAUUGUACAGAGUGUUCUUGCAGCCUCUGUACUUUUCAUGGUUAAGGAAGAGCUUGUUAAGGGCCUUGUGGUGUUUUCAGAUAGGUGCCAGAAAAUUCAUUCUAAUAGAGUGAAAUAAUUUGUCUCUCCAUGUAAAGGAUAACUGCAGCAAGCUAUUCUUUUUUGUCCAUAGAUAGAAGAUGAUACUGAUGACUCUUUCAUGCAGUUGCAAAUGGGAGCAACAUGACUAAAGGUAUUGUAGCUAAGAAAAUUGAGUUCUCUGUUAUCGUCCAGAUAGAUAUCAAUGAUGGGAAACUAACUUGUCAGUUUAA